AUGUGUCUGUGUAUUUGGGAGGGAACAAGGGGCUUUCAAUUAAUGCUGCAGCCAAAAUAUCCCUGCAGAAAAAAUAUUCAUUCAAAGGGGGUGCUAGAAUACGGAGUUACUUGUGUACAAAAAGUUUGCCACCUCCCUCCCUCCCUUUGGUACAAGUAUUUGAAUAAAACUACUAACGAGUGUUACUAUCGAUCACAUUUAUAUAUGUUAAUUCACUAUACUUUUGAUAGUACCAGUACUAAUUUCCCCCGUUUAAAUUACGCUGAAAUUGCAUAUUUUAAUAAUUAA